UUUAAAUCUAUUAGUCAUGCAUAUGAGAUACUUAGUGAUCCUAAGAAACGUUCUGUAUAUGAUAAAUAUGGUGAAAUGGGUGUAAAUAUGUUAGAUUCUUUACCAGAUUUCCUUCUAGAUCCGGAUCUUGAUGGACCGUUGUUUGACGGAAAAGUUCAAUGGAGUUUCUCAAUUGUUUUUAUACCGAUAUGGUUCUUUGAUUUUGUUGCGUUAUUGAUAACAUUGGUUAGGCUAAAAAAGGAUCCAACUGAAGAGGAGCAUGGAACUGAUGACGAGUUUGAAGGAUUGUAUCAUGAGGAUCCUGAGAUUAGGGAGCAAGCUAGAGAAGCUAAAAGAAAACAACAAAAGAAACUGACUCAUUUAAGGAAUAUAUUAUCCGUAGUAUAUCUAUUGUUGAAUUUUGCUUUUCAAAUAUUGAUUGUUCUUAAGGCUGAUGGCACGUUCGUACAAAGUACUGCAAUAGUUUUUAUCCCUUAUUUCAUUAUAGAAUUGAUAAAUUUAUAUCCAAACGCGAUAGAAUUCAUUGCAAUUUUAAAAAUUUAUGAUUCAAUGGACGAGGCAAAACCUUCAAUUUUAACAAAACUUGGGAUAUUAUGGGAUACUUUCUGGUGGUUUAUACUUAGAAUUGCAUUAGCGGUCUUGAUUGUGCUUAGAAUCGAUGGAACUAUCACUUGCAGCUGGGGGGUUGUUUUUAUACCUUUGUAUCUGGUUGGUCUUCGAUAUGCUAUUUGGAUAUUUUGGCAAUGGUCAGCCAUAAGAAAAAAUGAGAAUGCUGAUCAAAAAAGGGUAGACGUGAUCAUUCGGAAUAUAUAA